CGCGAUAUUCUCAGUGAAACCCGGCGACGCCGGUUGCGCUCGAAGCGUGCAACCUACCCGCUCGCCUGGGAUAUCUUGCCGAGCCUCAACUGAUCAAGUAUAGGAGAUGUCUCGCCUCUGCCUCGUGCUCUUCUUGGUCGCCUUUGCCGCUGCGGCGGUAAUCAGCGCACAGAGAAGACUGCCCAAGUUCAACUUCAGACCGCAGCCCAGCCGUUUCCGCUAUGACGUAAAUGCGCAAGCCGGAGGUCGCAACCCGCGCAACUUCGCAGGCGGCGCCGAAGUGCGUGGAGAGUACGACGUCUACCGUGCCAAUAACGGCGCCAAAGUUGUUCUGGGCGGCGGUGUCUCCCAGGACGUCCUGCGGCACGAAGGAAAGACGUACAAGGGCAAGCCAGAGGCUAACGUGGGCGUCGGAGUAGAGAUACCCAUCGGGAAAUGAAACACAGCUGUCUUGAUAAAGUAAUAAAUAACACCGCCGCGCCAACGCUAUUACACAGUCAGCGAGACAUUGUGGUUGUAUAGGUUGUGUGACACUUUAGUAAAAUAUAUGGUCAAAUAAAAUGUGUGC